AUGAUUCAGGAGGAUGAAUUCCCCCUGCUAGGGGUAGAAGAAAUUGCAAGUUGUUUGCAAGAAUGUGAUUUUAACGGUGCUACAGUGGAUACUAUACGGAAACCUAGCGUGGAUACGAUCAUCCCGUUGUACGAGGAGAUUGUAGACUUGUAUUUGAACAUUACCGUGGACCACUACCUGCCAGCAGGCUCGGAAAUUAACGAUGAGGUAGGGAUGAGGAUGUGUACUUUGAACGCAAUCUGCGACAGAUUCUUCAAAAAUAUAGGUGUAUCGGAUUUCAACAUGCUGGACCUGUGUAGACCCGACUUCGAACGUACACGGAGACUACUCAGUGCAGUGGUCAACUACGCUCGGUUCAGAGACGAACGGAUCUUCGACUGCACUGACUUGAUCCACAAAAUGUCCGAUCUCUCAGAUAUUUUCGUGACCAGGUUCAACGAGUUUAAUUUGCUCCGUAAGCAGAACACAGAAAUUGAGGCAGAGUUGGGGGACCUCGAUAACAUCAAUGAGGAGACUUCGAACGAUCUUUCACGGUUGGAGGCGGAAUCAAAUGAAAUGAUCGAGAAAUUGAAGGAUUUGGAACAGACAAAAUCAGCGUUGCUGGUCCAACAGGACGCUUACAAACUGGAGAAGAGAACUCUUUUGACACAGCUCGAAUCCCUCAGUUUCCAAAUAGUAGAACUCGAAUCAAAGAGGGACAAAUUCGCGGAGAUGUCCACCACAGACAUGCAAGAUCUUACAAACAGUAUCAACAACCUAUCACGCAUCCUCACAGAGAGACAAGCGGACUUGACGGACCUUAAAUCAAAACAGACCAACCUGGAAUCGACUUUCCAAACAAUGAAGAGAGUCAUCGACGAAAUAUGCGCACUACUGAAAAUUCUCACCACUGUGCUCCAACCAACUUUCAACAAGGAGAUAGCCACUUUCGAAACGCGACAGAAGGUAAAUAACACAGUGGCAAGAUUAGAUACUUUCAUGAACGAGUCCGUGUUGAGUAAACGUAACGCUUUGCAGGCAAAGAUAGUGGAGAGGGAGACAAACGGGGACAUUGUCGAGAAGGAGUUAAGGCAGCGGAUUAAAGUGGACCAAGAGGUGAUCGACCAACUGGAGGAAACGUACGUCAAUGACAUUUGUACUAGGGAUAGAGCCACCGAGGAGGAUAUUCAGAAAAAUAUAAUCGAGGGUAUAGUAAACGCGACUGAGGAGCAAAUACGGCGUGCCAAGGACGAACAUCAAAGAGAGAUCGAUCUGGUUAAUCAGAAGUACGAAGAGCUGGUCACGCAAGUAGAAGUUUACGUGAAAAUGCUGACAAGUAGACUGAAGUGA